UGGCACAUGCACCACCGCACAUGGUCUCGCACUCUCGCAUAAUUUCCGAAGAAUAAUAAAGUGAAUCAACCAGUGUAAAAUUAUGAAUUUUCAGCUUAAGAGUGUCCAAAUUAAAUUAAUUGAACUUUGACUCAACUAAUUACACAUAAUCUACACAUAAUUCACGCGGUUUAUUGACAUCACACUCCAUAUAUACAAACAUUAGCCCACAUCCAAAUAACAUAAACUUAUCAAAACAAAGAAUUAAAGAUUAACAAACCAACAAGUAUAUUUGCAUCAAAGCAAAAGCAAAAGAAAAAAAAAAAGGUAACUAACACCUUCAACUAUAUAUCUUUGUAUCAUUCAUUUGAUGGCAUCCAGUGAAGCAAAAACAAACGCUACUAGCAGCAACAACAACAACGACAAUGAAGUGGUGUGCGGGGCUGAUGAGCUCCUCGACGCGGCCUUAGAAGGCCAAGCAGAUGAAGCUGUGGAAAUCCUCACCAAAGAUCCGACCCUAAUCUGAAUUGGGGAUGCUGUUGGAGACACGGCAUUCCAUGUCGCGGCACGAGCCGGACAUGAGACUACUAUAUCGAAGAUGAUGGAGUUUCUUGACAUGAACAACCAUGUUAAGAUAUUGAGGGAUGUGUUGUGUGAAGGGAACGCAGAAGGUGACACACCCUUGCACUUGGCUCUCAAGAACAGCCAUUUAGACGCCGCUACUCUUCUAGCUAAGAGUGAGACGAGUGUCAUAUACCAGUUCAAUAAUGAUAAAGAGACGCCGUUUAUUCUAGCACAAAAAGCCGGGUAUGAAGAUUUGUGCAUCCGAAUGGAGCGUGUGGGGCGAGACAAGCAACUCUUUCUACCUUCCGAUAUACAAUUGGGUCUCGUAAGAAUGGGGCUUUCGGAUAAUGAUGAUGAUGACGAAGAAGAAGAAGAGUGGAUUAGACUCUUUAAGGCAGCUGCGAGAGGUAAACUAAGCUUGAUCGCACAGAUCAUGGAAGACGACGUUGAUCAAGACAUAAUACGGUACAAGGAUAACACGGAUUGCACUGCGUUACAUAUGGCUGCAUAUCAUGGUCAAACCAAGGCACUGAAGAUGAUUGCUAAAUCAAUGCAAAGUGAAAGUGGUUAUAAGAAAUUGCUGCUUGGGGGUGACCGUUACGGUAACACCCCUUUGUACUAUGCUGUCGAUGGUAACAAAGAGAACACCGCGAUUUAUAUGGUUAAGGAAGCUCCAAGGGCCAUUUACAAAGAAAACAACCAAGGGGACUCGCCGCUGUGCCUUGCUGUAGAGAAGGGUUACUCGGAUCUGGUUAGGGUCAUGAUCGCAAAGGGUUCAGAUCGAUCCAUCAGAAAGCAUCUUCUCAGUCAUGCUAAGAAGGUUUCAAUUGCACAUACUGCCCUUGAGAAGAGAAACCUAGCUGUAUUGAAGGCAAUCAUGGAAGGCCUUCGUGAGCUCAUCGACUCAGCGAACAAGAAAGGAUGGAAGCCUCUUUCAUAUGGAGCGUACAAAGGUUGUUACGAUGAAGUCUGCUACACUGUUCAAGAGUUUCCUGAAUGUGUAAUGAUAAAAGAUAACGAUGGUACAUACCCUAUUCAUAAAGCAAUUACUGGAGGACAUCUUAAUGUAGUCGAGAAGCUUAUAUUGGGUUGCCCUAAUGUACUAAAUUGUUUUGAUAAAAAGCGUAACCUACUUGAAUUUGCAACUUAUUAUAGAAAAACACAUGUCGUCUCUUACUUAAGAGGAUUAAAUUAUUUUAGAUGAAAUUGAACUUAUUACGUGAAGCAGAGUAUUUUAAUUCGUAGAGAAUAUGAAAGUUAAGAAUAGAUUUAUUUCCUCCAACAAUAGCGUUAUUUUCUAGCACGGCAUAUUUUGUUAGACACCAUCCAUAAGACGUGUUUUCCAUGUUGUUUGUAUUCCUUUGAUUAAGAUUGUAGAAUUUCUUAAAGAAACAAUGAAUAAAUCUAGUAUUUUAUAUACUCGAUAAAUUUUUUUUUUUUUUUUUAGUUUUGUCUUGUAUCUCUAUUCUAACGUUAUCCCUAGACUCUGUAAACUCUCCCUCUUUCUCUUCCCUUCCAGUCGACAAAGUAGACAACGAAUGCCCUAUACAACAUACAUUCAUUGAUUCAUGCAAUCAUUAUCAAUGCUUUAAAUGCUUUUUAGGGAUUAGUUAAAAUUGUCAUGGUAGAGUGAUAAUUAAUCGAUGACUAAACAAGUAUCAAGCUAGCUAGGUAAUCAGGACUUACAAGUAUGGCUAUAUCUUCACAAAUUUGAACCAAAUGAACUUGUUAACCACCAUUAUUAUAUCUUACCAGGACAUCGUGUCAUCGUCUUCCAUUAUAACCAAUGCAUCAUUUUGCAUAGGUCUCCAC